AAACAAGCGAAAGCGAAUGAACCCGCGUGACGACAGGGCUCUCACAAAAAGAAAACAUCGCUCGGCGCACGGAGCGGAGCGGAGGGGGAUGGCUGGCUAGCCGAGAAAAUGGCGAACAGCUGUUCCCCCAUGGAGCGGUUGCUACGGUUGUGUUGGCUUCUGCACUCCGUUCGCCUCGGAGUUCCGCUAGUGUACACCCCUUCAGAUGCCUACCAGGAGAGCCUUCUGCGGCCAUAUCGGACAUUCAGCGAUGUGGCCAUCUUCCACUUCACAGUGCCUGCUCAAACGUCCCGGGCAGCGUGGCAGUUUGUGGCCUUCAUGGACGAUAAGCACUGCCCUUCACAACCAGUUUACAUCUACCUCAGGCAUGGCAGCUAUCCUGUGGUGGCAGCAGACAACAGCUCUUUUCCCGCUCAUACACACCUUCCGAGCCAGUCCCUGUAUCACCUCAAAACAGAGACCAAGUUUCAGCCCACGGAAAUGCCCGAGUUCCACGUGCUCAACCCACUGCCUGGCAGCUGGUUUGUCAUAGCCUUUCUUAAGGAGUCGAGCCGGCAGAUCAAGCAGCAGGGAAUUCACCGUAGCUGCCAGUACAGCCUAGGAAGUAUGGCGGCAUGGACGCACCACCAUGAGGUCAUACUGCUCAAUGUUGGCAUGCACCUCAACGUUACUUCGCCACCUCAGCUGACUGUGUUCAAAGUCUACGUUCCUGACGGUGCAUGGCAACUGCUAGUGAGGAUAUCAGGUUGCGUCAACAUCUCUUCAAAUUUCUCCUCAUUCAAAGGCAAGGCCGUUGAGCCUUGCGUACGAAAGUUUGCGCUGCGUGCGAGGGCCCUCCCGUACGCGGAAAACGUUAACGUCACCGGAAGCGACUUCUACAGCAUCGUUCCGCAGCCAGAGGUGGAAGCAUAUUACUACAUUGCCGUUGCUGCCGACACGCACGUGGGGUACUCUAUUGUUGCUGACAUAAAAGACUGCCCAACACCAUGGCACUUCCCAAACCGCAAAUCGAGCCGACAGCCACGCCAUUUGACCUCCGGUUUCAACGAGUCGGACUCCAGCAACGAGACCUCGUCCAAUCAGACGGCGUCCACCCUAUCCGCCGUCAGCCAGCUGCACGAGGAUCACCAGAAAGUGGCGGCGGAUCCCAGCGCCACCGUGACCACGACUCCAACGAGUUUCAAGGCCCACACGGCCCACUUUGUGAAGGAGAUCUUGGGAGAGCAGGGCAUACUGGCCGCCAUGCAAGGAUGCCUACCGAUGAUACCUCUGACACGGAUAAAACAUGCGCAGGACUUCUUAGACUCUUUCCUGGUGCAGGGACCAGAGUGGUUUUCGUCAUGGCUUGGCCUCACAGAUGCAUUCCCAGUCGUGGUCGGCCUGCAGCUGGAACCAUUUGUGGACAUUGGAGGCACGCUGCAGACAAAGAUACAUCUAGACAGCAUGGUCAAGAAUCUAACAACCCAAGUGGUCAUUGUGAACAUCUGCAUACACCACAAUAGCCCGCCGCCGUACCUGUCGGGACGCAUCCAGUGCCCCCCGGGACUCGCGUUAACCGUUGCCACAAACGACAGUUUGGUGGCAAUCAAAUACUUCCCUUUUCCGGAGCCUGGCACUUGGUUCCUGUCAUUUACGGCAGCAUGUUUCAACGAUUCCAGUUCGUGGACACCCGUGCGAUGCGAGUUGGAACAGACCAUAGUGGACCUUCGCAUCCGACUUCAGCCAUGCGUCUUCGAAGGUUCGCCCUGUGGCCAGCACGGCUACUGCCAGGAGAAUCACUUCCGGCAGUUCUACUUCAGCUCCUGCCAUUGUGUAGGAGGCUGGCGUGGCUGGGGUUGCACUGACAACAGCAGAGCAACACCGGCGCCUCUCCUUCUGAUGCGGACUCUGCUGCUGACACUCAGCAACCUGUUCUUCCUGCCUGCCAUUGUCCUGGCAACCAGACGGCAGUUCUACACUGAGGCUGUUGUCUACGGCGUCACCAUGUUCUUUUCAAUGUUCUACCAUGCCUGCGAUGUGGACACGUUUGGCUUCUGCCUCCUGCGCUACGAGGUGCUCCAGUUCUGCGACUUCUUCUCGGCUGUGCUCUCGUUCUGGGUCACCCUGGUGGCCAUGGCGCACGUACCGCCCACGCUGGCCUCCAUCGCGCACGUGCUGGGAGCCCUGGGCGUGGCGCUGGGCGUUCAGUGCCAGCGCACCAGCCUGCUGGUGUUUGCCGUGCCUGCGGGAGUCGGAGCCUUCCUGUUGUCCGUGUCGUGGGUCCGCAGGUGCUACCAGUCCCACUCGUGCCAGCCGACGCUGCGCGAGUGGCUGACCAACCUAAUUCCCGGAGUCCUCCUCGCCGCGGUCGGCCUAGUCCUGUUCACCUUCGUGGAGACCGAGGACAACUACAAGUACAUCCACAGUGCGUGGCACAUUGUGAUCUCUCUCUCCAUUAGUUUCCUGCUCCCCAAGCGCAACAUGAGCAACGUGACGCAGUGCAAGAACGGCUGCAGCGCUUCCGUCAUCAGCGGGGACACCAUGCAGUCCAUUUACGAGCGGGUGCAACCCGUGCUGAACAACGACUCGGAGCUCGUUGACAUUGCUGACUACCGACUCGAUACGGACCUAACGUCGCUGAUCAGGGGCCUCCAUCCUUAACUCACCCGCCCGACGUCCUGCAGCUAAUGUGUUGUUAUCGUGUUUGAGUGAGAUCCGCGCGGAUGAUCUUCAUGAAUUCACUCUGCAAUCUGUGUGACGUAUUGUUCAGUGAACUGGUUGUUUGAGCGAACUGCUGGUUCGAUUACAUGGCCAGAGCCGGAUGUGCAGCUGUGUACGACAUGAUGUCGUAUGGUGUGAGGCAUGUUUAAAACAUCAAAGCAGUUCUUGAGCACAGUCAAAGCAUCUACCAACAUUAAUUCAAGAUUUAAAGUCCUCUGAACGGCCAGUGAAUUGCACAGCCAACUUCUGCCAAGAUGAACACAGUGACAUGCAAACUUGGUUCUCAUGCAUGGGCACCUUUAGAGACCUGUAACAAUGUUGAGUUAAAAAUGGGUCAGAUUCAUUGGUGUCGAAUUGCUAGAACUUGACGGUACCUGCAACUGGAUGUGCUAAAUUCUAGAAGCUCAAACAGGCUUUGCAAAUCUAUUGCACCUGAUUAUCCAAUUUGCAUCUCGAUAACCGUGUGUCAGCAAACCAGUAUGCAAAAAUGUGUUCACGACUAAAUGUCGGCCUGAUGUGCUCCAACUUUAAACUGUUGCAAACUGCACUAUGUGAAGCCAGGUUGGCAAUGCUUACUAGCACUGCUUGCCAACUGAGCAUGCAUUACAAGGCUUUAUACGUGAAGGCCGCACUCACAUGCCAACUUGUCAGAUCUGCACUGUCUUGUUCCGCCAUUGUGUGUACAUAGUCCUCUUAGGGCGUGCCCCUGGCAGCCGCUAGUCACAUAAAUCUUUUCGCUUUCAAUUUAUUUACACAUCGAAAUGAGCAAACAGUCCGUGCUCGAGCCAUAGAUUCCUUCGGGCAAAGUGAUGGAUGGGCUUUCGAUCUUUCUGGCAGUCAGGCAGCUACAUCUAAGCAGCUUGGAAGCUUUUGGCAGGCGGCGUUUGGUUUUUAGUGUCUAUAUCCUAUUGCAAAAAAGCAGAAAGGUCACUGACUGCGGCCAGGCGGCCGUUACUGGCUAUGACUUGACCGUUACUGACUACGACGUGAAAGGCACUUGCAAGCUACGACUCGGGUGGCCUUUACCGGUGACACCUUGUGUGGCCUUAACUGGCAACGACUUAGAUGUCCUUCACUGACUCAGGUCAACUUUGAUUGGCUACAGCUGGCCAAGUUUUACUGGCUACGGCUGGUUAACCCAUAUUGGCUACUGCUGGCUGGCCUUUACAUUUCUUUGGUGGCGGGCGCAUUCUAUCGGCGUUAAAAGUUUAGAUGUACAAUAUCUGCAAAAAGCUGAAUUUUUUGGCAGCUUGGGCAUGCAAGCUGCACUAGUGUAUGCAACCAACAUCAUAUGUCACUGUUUUGCUAACCUUAAGCACAAACCACAUAAAAAUCAAACUUUUUAAACAUUUUUUUACUUGUUAUUUAAUGUCACCAGGAAAGAAUGACGUUCUCAUUCAAGUGAGUUCAGUGUCUUUGUCUCUGAACUACAUCCAUAGCCUCAACCAAGGGGCAGCUGCGAAACGCACAAACCUAAUACACUUAAGUUAAACAACUUACAAGUUACUAUUUUUGGCAAUACAAGUGCUCUUUUUUCUUCUUUUUUUUUUUUCAUUCAUGGGAAAGCACUGAUGUUGUGAAGCCCAAGAGAGCUCAAAUUAUUUUUAAUUAGGGAAACAUGACCCAAGACGUUUUUGCACAUACUCUUAAUGUGCUGUCUGUGUAUAUUUUGUUUGUCAUGUUGUCAUUGCAAUCACCCACAACUGUCAUUAUUUUUAUUACUGUGUAGCAUUGCCUAGCAUUGAGUGCCAUGUUAUGCGCCGAAUGUCAUUUACUACAGUAAUGAUGUUGAAUUUUGUUAUGUCACCUUACUGUAAAACUGCCUGUACUCUAAGAACAAGCUGUGCUUCAAGAGCUGCGAUCUAAAUACUGUGUGAUUCAAAAGUAAUGGAAAAAGUAAUCCUAUCUAGUUCAAGAAGUAUAAACUAUAGCAAGAUGUGGUUUUCAUGCACACCUAGGGAAUUUUUUUUAAUAUAAUAAAAAAAGUCUUGUGACCAGAGAAGUUGCAUUUGUCACAAAGAGGUGGUGCUGUUACAACAGAACAGCCACCCAGUUUCAGUGGUGAUGCCAUUAAAAAUCGUCAUCAUAAAGCACCACCUGUUGGUGGGAAAGAACUACUCCGGCUAAGAGGUGUAUUGUUAUUGUAAAAAACAACACAUAUUUCUGUGCAUAUUUUGGAAAACUGAAUCUUGCAAUGGUCUAUACUUUUCAAAUUGUUAAUUUUCUUGUUCUUUUUUUUUUUUUUUCCGGUUACUUUUGGUUUGCCCAUGGGAACGGAGAUAAGGCUUUGCGUGGAAUCCACGGUACCAAUUUUAAUGAGGUUUGCUGCAUUUGAAAGAGGAAGUUGUAAUCCACUGCCUACUUGGAAGAGAUCUUUAAUGUAGGCCGCCUAUUUUCUUUUUUUUACAAUUAGCAAAGACGAAGCCACAAAGGAAACCCAAUACGAGUUUCUCAGCAAGAAAGCUUUGGAGUUGAACAAAAAUUUGUCCUGGUCCGGGAAUCGAACUAGGGACCAACGCCUUCCCGGGGCAGUCAGUCUACCAUCCGAAUUUACCAGGAGGCUAGCAGAUCGCAUAGCAAGGCUGAAUUAAUGGACAACCUGAAGUGCAGGGAUACUGAAUGUAGCAAAUCGGUUCUGCAGUGACUCGCGAGUUGGAGGAAGGGAAGGUCCAUGCGAGGGGUAAAAUAUUGUCGUCCACCUUACUGUAGCACUAAGCGACAAAGGAUUACUAUAAAGAACUGCUUCCUAAUUUGAACGCAACAGGUUCAAUUCAGAUUUGUAUGCUGGUUGUCUAGUUCCUAGACUGUGCGGAUAUUUGAAUUGGAAAAAAGUCGGAGUUGGCUCCACGCGCGAGUUUCUUCUAAAAAGAGUACUGAUAUCACAUUUUCAACAUUUUUUUUGCUAAUAUUAAGUGAAGGUCCAAACUCUCUAAACCUUUUUUUAAAAUACUACCCAGCAUCAGUGUAUCCCAAACAAUGUAUUAUAAGACUUGUUUCUACGAAUUGGUUUCGGUAUCGGUAGCCAGCAGUUCUACGAGUCAUUACUUUCUGAUACACUGAGUCGCCCUAUUCCUGCAAUCACUGUGGCUGCCACACGUGACUGCAGCCAGAAGAUACGUGUAAUACAUUCCUGUCUAUUUUUUAUGGGCAGCAUCAUCGUACCUAGCCUUACAACUGCGCGAUGUCAGCAAAUGUUGUUCUGUUUCAUGAGGCCACAGUAAUGUCGAUGAUGCCAGAACAGCAUUUCGAGACUUACUUUAGUAUCAAAUUGAAGUAUGUUACGAGUGCUUUGCAAUCUUCACUCUUGUUAAGUAUCAUUCGUUUGCAUGUGAGAAGCAUGUGGUACAGUUUCUACAACUUCAAAAGUGUGUGUCGGCACUCCUUUGAACAUUAUAAAGAACAUUGUGCCAUUCUUUUUUUUUUCACUGCUAGGCAGCUUCCUUCUCGUUUGAACUGCUCCGAGAGAUUGUGCACAUGUCUAUCGACCUUUGUAUAGCGCUUUUGUACACUGUUAAUGCAGUUUUCGCACAUUGCACAGCAAUCCAGCUAUGUCAAUUGUCGCAGAACGGUGAAGUUUUUCGCCUAGCCCAUACUGCUCAAUCCAAAUAGGCAGUCUAGCACUCAAGCUCAUGAUGAGACUCUGGUCAGUUUUUGUCUGCUAUGGGAUACAGGCAGCAGAUAGCAGAUUGUGCAAAGUCAUGGCGAUGGCUGCCGGGUCUGCCAGGUUUGUGCUGGACUGGCUUGUUUUAAGGGCCCUUAUUGUACGGUAUAUUUGCCUUCUUUGUGAUUUUGCUACUUGUCUACUUUUCACAUUGGUGAGGGGCAAUUCUUUAGUGCUAUAAAAUUGUUGUUAAUGUUGGAUUUUGCAAGAGGAGUUAUGUUUCACACUUGAAUAGCAACAAAUCUGCAGCCACGCUAUGUAUUGCUGUCUCCACAGGUAUGCCACAGAGGAAUAGUUCUGUCAUUGUUCAAAGGCAUCUUUCAUAUCCACUCGAGUCACAUAAGUGAUGGAUACCUGCGGUGGCCGUUUAUUCUUGGCUUGGCUCCUAUUCUCACUUGUGACCCAGGUUGACUACUUUCGGCUGUUUUGGGGGGAAUAUUGUGUGGCUAAGUUUUGAGUUUUAGACCAGGCAGCUCUGGUCAUGUUCAACUGCUCCUAAGACGAGCGGAUAGAGGUCAGCAGGUUGAAGUGCUCAAGACCUUCUCUAGUGAUGUAAAAACAUGAAGUUUUCAGACUUAAAGGGAUGAGACACAGGCCAACAGACUGUCUCCUCAAUUUAAUGUUUCCUAAGGAACGGAGACUGCAAGAACAUUGUCUACAAGGCAGCAAAGCCAAGAAAUUGAGCACUACUCAAGGAUCUCUGAGGUCAUGCUUUACCAGGGGCUGCUGCAUUUGGCAACUCAGUAGGUGGGAGAAAGUGGCUCGCUCCCACAAAUAGUUGCAUGCAGUUAAGUGUGAAGAGUGUCGGGACGGGCAAAUCCUUUGCAGGAAAAAAUUAAAUUUACUGUUAUUAUCAGCUAUUGACUAUAGGCAAGUCGUGGUCAAAAUGAUUUAGGUCACUGGGAGCCUGUAUCCCACAUUUCUAAAGUGGUUGUGCUACUCCUUGAUGGUGGUUACAGCAUUUCCUCAUUUAAUGAAACUGUGUUCUGUGUCGGACAUUAUUUUUGUUGUUUUAGUAUCUUAUUUUUGAACACUAUAGUCUGUGAAUUUGGUUUGACUUCAGUUUUGCCUUUGGCAUCCCUUUAAUGGUAUAUCAUCUCUGUUUCUGUGCUAUUGGUGCAAAACAGGCGAGAAGGCAUACCCCAUGGCACGUUCUUGAAGGGAUCCAUAUUAGCCCAAUCUCAAGCUUUGCACUUUUUUCUCGGGCAAGCCAAUUACAUUGUGCUAGAAGAUAACAAAAGCAGCUCACCGGUGCUUUGGUUUGCAUUUUGCUUCACUGACGAUGUCAUUAGUUCUAGCUAGUCAAAUGUCAAGUUGUUGUUUGCCAUGUCUGCUAAGUGUUUGUCGUAUUGAUUCCAGUAAGCUGGAACAAAGCAACAACAACAACAAAAAAUGUGUUUGUGUUUGCUAGUCCUUCUACUAGAGCUUAAUUUUCCUUGUGUGCGUUUACGCUUUGUACAGUUUCAUUCAUGUUUUAUAAGCGUCUAGUCAAACAUUACUUUAUGUUACAUUUUAAGACGUGUUAUGGUAUUCUUCAGAGCAAGCCUUUUUUUGCUGCUUCAAAAGAGAGCCCUUGCCCUGAGCGAUGAUCACACAAAAAUGUUAUCGAUCUAACAAAAUAUUCUAGCAAAGAUAUAUCAAAGCGCAUUUGUUCAAUUCAAUAUGCACAAUGCUUGCUGUAUCAGUGAUGUUUUUCUGCUUCUCUAAGCGGAAGCUUUUUGGCUUUUUGCUUGCUCGUCAGAAUGUAUGUGAAAUGCAGGAAUGCUCUGUUAGCUAUGCGAUCAACCAUUUUGUGUGAAUUCUAUUGUAUCAAAAAAUUAAAAAGUGUAGUAAGUUUUAGGGAGCAGAUUUUUUAUUUAGGCACACAUUCUUUUUAAAAGAUUGCUAAAAUUGAAAACUUUCUUUUAAAAAUUGAGGCAUCUUCUUAUCAGCUGUGUGACUACGUAAUAAAAGCUGGUGUUGCAUUUACAUAAAUAAAGUUCGACAGGACACCUGAAGCGGACAAAAAGAUAUAUAUUAUAAGUUGCCCUGGAAUAUCUGUGCAAUUUGUGUGCUGCAGAACUUUCCAUGAACUUGCAUAAACAAAGCGAGGAUUUCAUUUGAGUAAAGUAAUGGAUUACAUUUGCCUGCCUGAGAAGCUUGUAAGAGUUCAUGGAAUUGUGAUAUCUGCUCUUUGUACAGAAUUGGCGCUUACACUUAUUUGCCAAUUUUCAGUAACUAGCAUAAGAAAUUUGAAGGCCUAAAUGAUAUGUCUCUUUCCAAUAGUCACUAAAGUAGAACUGCUCCUUUAGAAUUCGACAAAUUAGACUCAAAUCAGUUCAGCAGCUGCCUGAUGAGAAUUUCUGCAUUUCACACAUAUAUUCGAGCUGUGAAAUAGGAGUUGGCAACAAGAAGCGUGGUUAUGAGGGCGCCGUUUCAAGAAGCACUAACGCACAAAAUUGGCCCACGCAACAUGAAGAAGCCCCACAUAUCAGCAAUACUUGACGUACAAGCCAUCUUUGUUCUUGUUUCACCAAGUUGUUCCAUGUCAUCACUGUGUAUGUGUGUUACUAGCCACCAACAAAUGUCCAUACGUAGUAGAAAAUCGGAUGUGGUUUCUGAAGCAUUGCAAGGCAGCGAGCGUUAAGUUUUAAGAAUGUUGUUCAGUGUGUUUGAUGGCUUACUUGUGACAGCGGGAGGUUUUUCUCUCCCCCCCCCCCCACCAAACGAAAACGAAACCGCUUGUUUUUGUGCAUUCGUUAAGUGUACACCCAUCGUCGUUGAGAGGCAGCUGGCGUGCGUUGUGUGUGCGCGGGUCGUGAAAUGCUGAUGUAAUUUUUCGCAGCAGUAAAAAAAAACACUGAUAUUUUCUUUUUCC